UAUUACAUAUGCGUGCCAUCCAUAUAACAAACCAUAACCUUCUAUAUUCAAAAUCCUUUCCUCUGUUAAAUUAAUCCAAUCAGAAAUUAAAGUUAAAACAACUGCAUCAUAGUACAAUUUCAAAUUAGGCAUUUUUAAACCCCCUCUUUCCCUAACGUCUUGCAUUAUUUUUAACUUUAUCCUCGGUUUUUUACCCUUCCAUACAAAUUUAUUAAUCCCUUUUUGCCGCAAGAGCUGCCGCCCCUCCCAGUGGAAGAAAUAGCGAGGCCCCCCGGCUAGAGCGGCAGUCUAAGAAGUUCCGGAGCCGCUUCCCUCCGACGGCACAGCCGCCUUUCUGUCCCGCCGGCGGAGGACGAUAGAGCUCGGGUCGUCAGAGGGGCGCGGCGGAAACCAGGCGCUCCGGACCCGCCUCUCUAGCUGCCGGAAACCUAGCUGCCCCACCACGGGGGUCUGAGGUGGCGCGCAUGCGCCAGACAGGCAAGGCCCUGAUUGGUCGCACAGCUGGACGCGGGAGGACGUCGCGUCCGCGAAAGAAGCCUGUAGGCGGAAAUCCCACCGGUGCAGCCGCGGUUGCCAUCCGGCCGGAGCAGCGGCUUCGAGAGGGGCGGCAGAUAAAAUACACGGGAAUCCGUCCGCCUCGCCGCUCCCGACCCUGUUCCUCGCAGGGCCCGCCGGGAGGAGGCGGCUGGGAGCGCCCGCUGGCCGUCCGCGCUGAGCCCGGCGCAGCCCCCGGCCCGCCAUGGAGGCCCGGAAGGCCAGGAGGUUCGCCCUGCAGGCGGCGGAGGAGGAGGAGGAGGAGGAGGUGAACUCUCUCUUCAAAGCCGCUUCGGCAGCCAAAGCCGCAACAGUCCCUGCGGCCUCAGUUGCGCCCAGGGGGGCAUCCUACGCAGACUAUGUUGUUGGGCAAGCUGUGGCCACCUCUUCCUCCUCCACUGCUGUUCAGCUGAAACCCACUUCAGCUGCUCCCACUGCAUCGGCUAGGAGCAUCUCGGAAGAAGCCCCUCCACAGAACCAGGACAAGAGUGCUGUGGCCCCCAAAAGCACAGCGGAAGACAAAGGCUCCCCCUUGAGCCCCACAGCCCCCAAAGCGGGGGCCAAGCACAAUGCUAUUAUCGUCAGUCCCCGGCAGAGGGGGAACCCCAUUCUGAAGUUUGUCCGCAACGUGCCUUGGGAAUUCGGCGAAGUUGUCCCAGAUUAUGUGUUGGGCCAGAGCACAUGUGCCCUUUUCUUGAGCCUCAGGUACCACAACCUGAAUCCUAAUUACAUCCAUGAGCGGCUGCGUAACUUGGGGAAGACGUACCAGCUGCAGGUGCUUCUGCUUCAGAUUGAUGUGAAAGACCCCCACCAGGCAGUCAAGGAGCUGGCCAAGAUCUGCAUCCUUGCUGACUGCACCCUCAUCUUGGCUUGGAGUCCAGAAGAAGCCGGACGCUACUUGGAGACCUACAAGGCCUACGAGCAGAAGCCGGCUGACCUGCUGAAGGAGAAAGUGGAGCACGACUAUCUCUCGCGGGUGAGCGACUGUCUGACCAGCGUGAAAUCCGUGAACAAAACAGACACCCUGAGCCUGCUGUCCACGUUCAGAUCACUAGCCAACAUUGUCCAUGCCUCCAAGGAGGACCUCUCCCUGUGCCCUGGCAUUGGGCCUCAAAAGGCCAAGAGGCUCUUUGACAUCCUUCAUGAACCCUUUCUGAAGGUGCCCAAGUGAGGAGGGGACUGAAAAGCAGGUGGUGAUGGGCCCAGGACGAUUCACAACCUUCUCUGAAACCACCAGGAUCCAAUGGCCUUCCUCCCUCAAAACUCCCAGAAGAGCGAUAAGAGAGCAAUAAAACUCCCUCUCAGAGAAGAAACAAAGCCUUAUUUUGCUAUGUGAACAUUGCUCAAGAAAACAGGCAAUAAAGCACCGUCCGGCAGGAAAAAAACAAA